AUGCAUCGACGUGCAUCUCAAAUCUAUUGCAUUAUUAAAGGCGAAUUCGAGUUAUAUUUUAUUGAAGAUAAUGCAGCUAAUUUUACAGGUCACAUCAUCAAAGAAGGCCAAGGAACAUUGUUUCCUCAAGGUUCCAUUCAUUAUUUAAUCAAUGCACCAUGUGGAAAUGGAUCGCUAGUUGCAGUAACCAGUAGUGAAGAUCCAGGACGGAUCGAUGUUGCAACCAGUUUUUUCAAUGCAUUGCCUGCGUCGAUGAUCAGUGUGGCAUUAGGCGGUCAAAAGGUGAAAAUCGACGAGAAUAAACUUUCAGCUGUUGAUCCAGCACAAGGAACUGAAGAAUGUAGAAGACGUUGCAACUUACUAUAUAUGAGAAAUUUAAUUGAAUGCUGUUUUUGUAUACUCUAA